AUGGACUCUGAUGAAACAAAUUUCCUAUUUCUCCUCCCAUCUGAACUGCUAUUACUCGUUUUCCAAAAUCUCCCUAGCCUUAAUGAACCUCCGAGCCUCGCAAUCACGUGCAAAUCCCUUUACAAAUUCUUCAAAUUUCACGAGCGCAAAAUUGCGUGGUCUUUAAUAGUUAUUGAAUACAUUAAGCGUACCUGUCCACAACACAUAUUCGAUGUCCGCCUCUGUUGCUUGGCCGACGCACUGCAUGGCGAAGAUGAGGAUAUUACACUUCAAACUCCUGGCGGGCUUUAUGGCCGCUUUGAGUAUGAUUCGAUUUUCUCAGCCACGGUUGAGUCCGUAGCGGUAAUUGACCGUUAUCUACGACGAAUUCGUUUGUGGUGGAAGCAAGCUGCCCAGUUGAGAAGCAAUUAUGUCUCCCAUAUCAAUGAGUACCGGGAUGCGCUAUCUUAUGAAAACUCUUAUCAUCAUCCUGAGGAGAACUAUGUGAUGGCCUGCUCCGCAGGUUGUAAACGCCAGAUCGGUCCCCAUUUACUAUUACCAAACAGGAACGAAAGGAAAUCAGUUUCUCAAGAGAAAUUCUAUCGGGCGGUAAUAGCUUGCACCUUUGAAACAAAACUGAUACAGCUUCUUGCAAUCAAUCUCGAAUCAGAAGACGAAGUGAACGACAGUUUAUCCGAGAGAAUAUAUGCCGAUUGGUUCGAACGUUCAAACUACACACUGCGAGAAAGCUUCGAAAACCUCGAAAUCUUUGAUUAUACGUCGAAUUUUCUUCUCCAGAAUGUCUUCGACUCGCCUCACGAAUACCAAGAUUGGGAUGAUGAGACAUUCGACUUCGGUAAUGACCGCAAUAUGUUACUCAACAAUUGGAUGCAUUUUCACCGACGGCUUCAAACAAUUUUGACACCAUUUGACAUUCUCUCUCUAUUUACAUAUGGUAUGGGAAGUGAUGAGAUGAGAGAGAAAAAUUCGCUUUACUUGAAGAACUUUUUAUCGAUGUUUUUCGUAUAUGACAUGGCGCGUGAGUAUCUGCAUGUCGAAAGGGACAUGUUACGCAACCCAAGCGAGCCCAAGUCAAAGGCCUGGAAACACUAUCGAAGUCGCUGGACGUCUGCCAUUAGGGGACGAGUAUUCUCCAAUGACUUCGAAGUUGUCGACUUCAGUGUGGCGAUGCAUCUCGAUGAUGCGAGUUCUAGGGAAUCAGAGACGGUGGGGGCGAGAUAG